GAAAAAGAUGCGCGCCAAGCUCAACCAAGGACGCCCGUCCUCGCAGUAUGGAUCCGUGGGUCCUCUCAUGGACGACGAUGUGAACUCCCGACGUAUGUCCAAUGCGAAGGUGCUGCUUGUCGCUGGUGCCGUGAGCAUCGUUGCGGCUGGAUUCGUCUCGACGUUGCAUUCGUCGCCUGCAAUCGUCGACAACUCGAUCAACAGCCACCCCAAAGUCGAACGUAAACAUGUGAGCAUCCACGUGGUGGAAACGGCGUACGAGAAUGGAACCCCUACGUUGUUCCGCAAGCUGCCUCCCCUGAAGUUCUCCAAGAAAGCGAAGGACACCAAGAAGUCAGGGACGACGACGGCCACGCGCAACAGCACCAUCUACAUCGACGACUCCAAGGUAUUCCAAGAAAUCCUCGGCUUUGGGGGCGCCUUCACGGAAGCGUCGGCGCUCAAUUUCAAGAAGUUGCCGCGUGCCAAGCAGGAAGAGGUGCUGCGCCUGUACUUUGACGAAAAGACUGGCGCUGCGUACUCGUUUGGCCGCGUGCCGAUGAACUCGUGCGACUUUUCCGUGGGGUCGUACUCGUUCGAUGACGUCGUGGGAGACGUGUCGCUGGCGCACUUCGACACGAACGUGACCAAGGACACGGAGUCCAUCAUCCCGUUGCUGCAUCGCGCGCUCCAACGUCGGCCGGACCUGAAGCUAUUCCUGUCUCCAUGGAGCCCUCCCGCGUGGAUGAAGCUACCCAACGACAAGGGCAAGUACUCGAUGACUGGGUCGGCGACGCCGCUGGGGAUCAACCCCAUCUACCAGGCGGCAUGGGCGCUGUACUUUUCCAAGUUCAUUUCGGCGUACAAGCACCACGGCAUCGCGUUCUGGGGCCUCACGCCACAGAACGAGCCCAUGUUUCCGGCGCCGUGGGAAGCAUGCUUUUGGGAAGCCCAUUCGGAAGCGACGUUUGUCGGCGACUUUCUCGGCCCUCAGAUCCGCAAGGACCACCCGGACGUGAAGAUCCUCGUGUUUGACCACAAUCGCGAUGCUGUGACAGAGUGGGCCGCCGCCGCAUACGCCAAAGCGAGCGAGUACGUGGACGGUGUCGCAUUUCACUGGUACAACGGCGACGGCCGCGAAUUAGACGGCGCGCUGUACUACAACCACCUGAAUGACACGCAUCACUUGGAUCCGUCCAAGCUGGUGCUGGCCACGGAAGCAUGCAACUGCCCGGGCGUGGCUUCCACCGCCGACGUCGCGUGGUUCCGCGCGCAGCGGUACGGCCACGACAUCCUCUCGGACGUGAACAACUACGCCAACGGCUGGGUCGACUGGAACCUCUUGCUAGAUCACGAAGGCGGCCCCAACCACCUGAACAACAAAUGCGAUGCGCCGCUGCUGCUCACGCCGGACGCCACGAGCUUCAUCGUCCAGCCAUUGUACUACUACAUCAAGCACUUUUCCGCGUUUGUCCCGCCAGGCUCCAAGCGCAUCGCCGCUGACGUCCGCGUCUCAUUCGAUACCCCCGGCACGGACCAUGCGCUGCUGCUCAAGUACCCGUCGGCCGCGCAUGUGUGCGACGGCAGUAUCCGGCAGGCGGUUAUCCGGACACCCGACAACAAGUUGCAGGUCCAGGGCACGGACUUUUGCAUUGAUGUAGUCCGCGAAUGGUUUGGCGAUAAGGUGGAGCUGACCAUGUGCAUUUACACGCAAAACGUGUACACUUUUAACGAGGAUGGAGCGAUUCAGUUUCAGGGCAAGUGCUUGUCGGUCGCGCACGGAUCGACCGAGAACGGCGCCGCGGUGACGCUAGAAGCAUGCGACCAGUCCACGGCCCAACAGUGGCAUGUGGGACAAGGUGUGGUGACCAACCAUGCGACAGGGUUUUGCCUCACGGCCGGCUACGCGUUUGCGCAAGCGACGGCGUUCCAGACCCCGUCCAACCGCACGGUUGUGGUGGUCCAGAACGAACACUCGCAGGUGGACGCAACGUUCGACCUGUCGACUUCCCACGGUGUUGUGCACACGGUCGUGCCUAAGCGAGGCAUCCGCACGUUUUACUGGGACCCGUAAGAAGAAACAGAACACGAGCUUUUGAUUGCGCAGGAUGCGGGCUGAUCGGUUAUGAUAAGUACCCUGUAUUCCUCCUGAUGACGAAACAAAUAAGGUAUUGCAAGCAUCAUUUCGACAGAAGUUGCUACAAAUAGGAUUUUCAAUAAAUAGCUUCAGUAAAACUUAAAAGUUCUUUACGUUAUUACACCAUUUUGCGGUUAAUAAUGUCGAAAAAUAUCUGGUACAUGUAUAUUACUGUAUAUUUCGUGGAAUUCCAUUUAAAUUCACGGAGUUUCAUUAUAUUUCGCGACUUUGGCACUUCAUUUCGUGGGAACGUUGAAUUCACUCAUUAUAUUUCGUGACUGCCAGUAUAUUUCAUGAUUUGCUCAGUUAGAUUCGCAAACAUCCAGUAUAUUUCGUGACUUGGCCAAUAUAUUUCGCAUAAAUGUUAACGCAUUGGGUGAAAAUAUGCAAGACUGUAACCAAUUCGUCGUCCAUGUGUUCGGCUCUGUGGUCGAGUGGAGUGAUACAAAUGAUUCGCAUCAACUCCAACGGCAAUCAACAGUACGCAUAUACUACGUGGUAUCAGAAGCAUAUCUUGAAUGACUUGGUCACGCGAUGCCACCCAAGCGACUACCGGUAUUGCUUUGCUGACAUCGGGACGUUUCUGUACGUGCCUCGUCGGCGUGGCUGACAUUCGUUUGUUACUAACGUUAGGAGAGGAUGAGGGGAAGGUUGCAAUCCAUGGGGAGGUGCUGCAUCGAGAAGGCUUGAAAAGUGCGCGAAAGACAGUUUCGCGCACUGCUUUCUGACCAAUCAGAGCGAGUUGAAGUGUAUUGGCCUCGUCACGAAAUAUAAUGGAUGUUUGCUAAUUGAGCAAAUCACGAAAUAUACUGGCAGUCCACGA